UAUUAAAGCUUUGAUCACUCCACUAUUUCUUUGAAUCUUCAAAAUAUUUUGACAGCCAAAUUAUCAAUUCCCCACUACGGUAUACGUAAAUCUAUAACCUCCACAGUAUCUACAGCAGUGGUAAACUGGUUUCAGGUAAAAAAUUAUAAUUAGGACAAUUGUUUAUUGGAUUUUAAGGGUGUUUGGUUAGAGUGGUGCUAUCCCGUGGUAGUCCCCGUUUGUAAAGAUAGCAUACAAAAAGCUCGUACCCUACUACAGAUUUAAAAGACCGUGCUAAAUUGUCAUGUCAUUUAAUAUUUUAUAUAAUAUAAAAUAAAAUAUUAUUUUACACUGAUGAGUGAUGAGUAAUUAGGUAUAAGACUUGUGAAUUAUAUCAUUAGACCUUACAAUUUUUAUACAUAAAAUUAAUUAAAAUUCGACUAUAGUUGUAAUAACUAAUUAUUGUUUAAUUGUGGACAAAUCGAAAAAAAACCGCCUAGAAAAGUUAUAUGAAAUGACAAAAAGAAAAAGUAAUUUGAUCGCAAAUCAAAACGACCAAGCGCCAGACGACGGUCCAGAAAAAGGUCUAAUAAAUGAGUUAGUAAACUGUAAUGAUGAAGAGCAAACCAUCAACACUCAACUACAAGAAACGCCAACUAAUCAUAUUUAUGAUGAAAAAUCCGAAUCUAGUACUUCAUCAAAAAGAAUUGAUGAAUGCCAAAUAAUACAUAACGAGAAACGUUCUAAAUAUUUGAGUUGGGAUGAUUUCUUCAUGGCUACUGCAUUUUUGGCAGCCAAACGUAGUAAAGAUCCCGUGACUCAAGUAGGAGCAUGUAUUGUAACGCCAGAUAAGAAAAUUGUAGGUACCGGAUACAAUGGCAUGCCGAUUGGAUGUAAUGACGAUAAUUUUCCUUGGGGUAAAAGUAGUAAUAGCAAAUUGGACAAUAAAUAUUUUUAUGUGUGUCAUGCCGAAAUGAAUGCGGUAUUAAACAAGAAUUCAUCAGAUGUACGCAAUUGUAUUAUGUAUGUUGCGCUUUUUCCUUGCAACGAAUGUGCAAAAAUAAUUAUUCAAUCUGGUAUAAAAGAAGUGGUAUACUUAUCAGAUAAGUAUGCUCAUAAACUAGAAAUGAUUGCAGCCAAAAGGAUGUUCAACGCUUCUGGAGUAAGCUAUAGACAGUACAUUCCAUCUGUUCAACGACUCGUGCUCGACUUUUCUGAAAUUAAUUCAAAUAUGACUCAAAUGCCAGACACGCCCAAUAAAUUUAAUUAAAAACUCUUGACUAUAAGUAUACUAUUUAUUACAUGUUAUUGUUGUGUUAUUAUGACUUUAGGAGUCCUGGAUAAAAAAAAAUACAAAUAUUUUGUGUAAUUCAAUUAUUAAUUGACAAUAAAUAUUUCUAUUUGUAUGUAUACAGUAGAUAAAUAACCCUUUUGUAAUCAAAUGUUACCAGAAAUUUCUAAAUAA